CGUGCGCCCAGAGCGCUGCGGGCACAGUCCCAACCCUCGUCGACCGUCAGUAAGUCCCUCCUUCCGCGGCGCGCGGUCUAAGGGAUGACGAACCCAAGAGACUCGCUCCCAACACGAAGCCGAAAUCCCCCUCCUCCAGGCCUUGUUCUGGGGAAAUCCUAGCCCCUUCCCCCACUUCUUUGGCCCUUCUUCCUGCCCGGGAGGAGCACGGCCGCCGAGCGGCGAGGAGCACGCGGUUGGCGAGCGCUGCGGAGUAGGGCAGUCCCCGAACUUUCUCUCUCGGCCUCGGGGGCCCGCGGUGGCUUUCCCGGCAGCGCAGCGGGCAGACCUGCUCUCUCGGGCCCGGGACCGACUCUGGGCCGCACGCGGCCGAGACGAGACUCCGCGGGCUGCAGCCGCGCCCCCGAGCGCGCCGCGUGGAGGGAGACCCCCCCCCCUGCCCCCGAGCAGUUCCCCGCGGCCUCGCGCGCCUCGGACAGCAGGAGUCGUGAGCGCGGAGCAUGGCCGGCUUCUCGCUCGACCCGCUGCGGUCGCGGCCUCUGGGUCUCCCCGACCUGGUCCUCGCCGCGGUGCUGCUGCUCCUGGCCCUGUACCUGCGCGCCCGGAGGACCAGGAGACCUGGUGAGCCUCCAUUGAUAAAAGGCUGGCUUCCUUAUUUUGGAGUGGCCCUGCAGUUCCAAAAAGAUCCCUUAGGUUUCAUAAAAACACUUCAAAAGCAGCAUGGUGAUAUUUUCACUGUUCUCCUUGGAGGAAAAUACAUAACAUUUUUCCUGAACCCUUUCCAGUACCACUUAGUGAUCAAAAAUUACAAACAAUUAUGCUUUAAAAAAUUUAGUAAUAAAAUGGUACAGAAAGUAUUUGGCAUUAAACAUCUGUUAACCAAUGAUGAUCUCAACAAUGAUCUUCAUGGCUGCUAUCAACAUUUACAAGGCAAAUCUUUGGACAUACUCCUUGAAAGCAUGAUGCAGAAUCUGAACCAAGUUCUUGAAUCCCAACUACUAACAGCCACAAGUUGGAACACAGCACAGCUGUUGACAUUCUGCAGCUCAGUAAUAUUUGAGAUCACAUUUACAACCAUAUAUGGAAAAUUCCUUGCUGCAGAUAACAAAAAAAUUAUUAGUGAACUAAGAGAUGAUUUUAUUAAAUUUGAUGAGAAAUUCCCAUAUUUAGCAUCAGACAUACCCAUUGAGCUUCUAGGAAAUGUCAAGUCUAUUCAGAAGAAGAUGAUAAAAUUCUUUACGUCAGAAAAUUUGGCUAAGAUACAAGGAUGGUCCCAACUUAUGCAAAUGAGGCAAGCCAUCCUGGUCAAAUACUAUGUGCCUGAGGACUUUGAAAUGGCAGCACAUCAUUUUGCCUUUCUCUGGGCCUCUGUGGCAAACAGUAUUCCAACUGCUUUCUGGGCCAUGUAUUAUCUUCUGCGGCACCCAGAAGCUAUGACAGCAGUGCGUGACGAAAUUGACCAUUUGCUACAGUCAACAGGUCAAAAGAAAGGUUCUGGAUUUUCCGUCCAUCUCACCAGAGAACAAUUGGACAGCCUGGUCUACCUAGAAAGCAUCAUUCUCGAAACUUUAAGACUGUGCUCGUUCUCCAGCAACAUCCGUUUCGUUGAGGAGCCCCUGGCUCUGCAGUCAGAGGCUGGGAAGUGGCUGCUGCGACAGGGAGACCUGGUAACCAUCUUCCCUCCAGCCUUACACAGUGACCCCGAAAUCUUUGAAGCUCCACAGGAGUUUAAAUUUGAUCGUUUCGUAGAAGAUGGUAAGAAGAAAACCACCUUUUUCAAAAGAGGGAAAAAGCUCAACCAUUACCUAAUGCCAUUUGGAUCUGGAAUCACCAAAUGUCCAGGCCGAUUUUUGGCAGUUUCUGAAAUGAAGCAAUUUUUGGCUGCCCUUUUAACUUACUGUGAUUUAGAAAUAAUUGACGAUAAACCUAUAGAGCUAAGCUUCAGCCGCAUGUUGUUUGGGAUUCAGUAUCCAAAUUCUGAUGUUUUAUUUAGGUACAAGGUAAAAUCUUAAGGAAGUUAAAAGGAAAGAAAAGGAAUCUAUCAAAACUAACCUAAAUAUCCUCAGUUCAUCUAUUUGUUUUUAAUUUCUGCAAAUGUAAUUGCUUUUUUGUUUGUCUGUUUGUUUUUAAAAUGCCAAUUUCAAUUUGAUCUGAGAUCACUCUAGUUUAUACUUGAUCACAAAGUACAUCAUAAAAUAAAACAGGAUGGUGGAAUGAAACUAGACAUCAAAAUCAGCAUAAUGAAAAGCUUAAAAUAGCUCUUUUUAGUUUCUACUCCCUGGGAUUUUCACCUGUCAGAGUAAAUGUACCUUCACAGCUGAUUUGGCUCUGUGGAAUUUUUAAGUCAUUCAAAUUCUUCUAUAAUAUUUGAAAAUACACUUAUGUACUGGAAAUUUGUGCUGGAAACGGACACAGUCUAACAAAUUCCCAAUUCUCAGAGAAGGAAAUUUAAUUUCCAGGAGACGCAUUGGAUAAAAAUGUUCCUUCCAAGUACAAUAUCAAUAGUAUCUAUAUUGCCAGGGUAUGUUUGCAUUAAAUGAGUUUUGCAGAAGAUUAAAUGCUUCAACUUCACUUAAUAUUUAAUCAUCCAUAAAUGCUCUUUAUUACUUUGAAUACUAUGGCUCGGUAGAACAAAAUUUCUUGUUGUAUAACACCUCUCAUAUUCAACUUAGAUACUGAUAAAAUUUAUUAUAUAAGAAAACACAAAACCCAAUAUAUAUUCAGCAGUUGCUCUAGACACUAGUGCUAGGUUUAUUGUAAGAGCAAAUGUUGAAAUCAUUAUAGCACUGAUUGUAGCAUUAGUGCAGAUUAUAAGGGUUUCAUGCCAAUAUUGCAGGAAACCCUUUCCUUAAUGCUUCCACUAAUGCAAACUGAGAAACUGAAUUUGGUUUUUGACAUCUCACUUUUUGGUCUUGGAGUUUAUUUGUAUUACUUUGAAUUGCAACAUUAUGUAAUACAGUGUAAUUUAAUAUGAUGAUAUAGCAUUGUGCCAAUGAUUCAAAGAUUUCUUAUAUUAGAUUUACCAAGUGAUUGGCUUGCAUCCGACAUAAUGAUGCUAUAUAUUAACAGGCAAGGAAGAGAUAAAAUUAUGUAUAAUAAAACCCAACUAAUUCAGACUCCUUUAAUUUCAACUUAUUAUAAUUCAGACUGGCAAUUUUUUAAAAAGGAAAUUAACUUUUAAAAUAUAAUAUUAUAUAAUUAUUUCACAUACUUAAUAAGUAAAUAAGAUUUUCUAGCUUUUUUUUCUCCUUCCUGAAGCACAUCCUCUGAAAGUUCCUUUCUGAAGAUCUGCCAGUAUAACCUCUGUUUUUGUUUGAUUGGGAUGUCUUUAUUUUUGUCCUUGUUCUGGAAAGAUGGUUUUUUUGGGUAUACAAGCCCAGGUUGGCAGUUGUUUCCUCACAGCAUUUUGAAGAUCUUACGUGUUCUUCAGACUCCCAUUGUUGUUAUUGAGAAUUUAGUCCUUAGUCAAUGUAAUUACUCCUUAGUAGGUAAUCUGCCUCUUCUUUCUGACUGCUUUACCAUGUUCUCUUUGUCUUUAAUGUCCGGAGGUUUCCCUACUGUUUAUGAGCAGAGAAGAAUAGUUUCCAUGUAUCACAUCAGGCUUCUUGAAUCCAAGAAUGGGAGUCAUUCAUCAUACAUAGAAUAUUCUUAGCUAUUAUCUCUUUGGAUAUUACCUUUCUUCCCUGUCUCUAUCCCAUGUUCUUUAAUUUAUUUCCCCCAUAUCACCUAUCUCAUUGUGUCAUAAACUUAAAUUCUAGGCAAUUCUGUAGAUCUCUCUUCCAGUUAUUCUCAGUACUGUGUCUGACCCACUCUUAACUCAUCCACUGAGUUUCUUUCUUCCUUCUUUAUAUUUUAACCUCUGGUUCAGAGGGUUGAGUAAUCAUACUCCUUAGACUUCUUAGUUCAUGUCACACAGUUAUCAUUGGUCCAAGCAAGGCCCCUCAGGUUUUAGUUACUAAUUCCAUUUUACCCCCAAUCUCCCCAACCAGGUACCUUCCAACCAUAGGCAACCAUUCUAAUGAGUUUGAUGUAAAUCUCUUUAUCUGCAUGUGUUUUUAAUAAGGCAUGUGCUACCUUAGGUGUGCAUGUGUUUAAUUCACACAAAUUUAUUUUCUAUCAAUCAUGUCCUUAAUUUUAUUUUCUAAGCUCUAUGUUUUUAAAGAUUUAUCCAUGUUGCUUUAGAUAUGUUUAAUCAAUUAUGUCUUACUGCUGCAUAAUAUUCCAUAAUGUGCUCCCACUAUGUUUUCAUGAUCUAUUCACCCAAUGAUGGACUUUUGAAUUGCUUCUGAACAUCCUCAUUCAUGCUGCCUUACGGAACUCUGGAAAUUUCUCUGGGAUACCUACCUGGGAGUAGAAUUGCUGGGCAGGGGUAUACUUAUACUUAAUUGCCUAACUUUUGCCAGUUCAGUAACAGAAUGCUGGCACCAGUGUCUUCUUUGACAAGAAGUGUGAGAGGUUCCUGUUUCUCAUGUACCUGCUGUACUCGGCAUUACCCAGCUUUCCACAGUUGGCUACUCUGAUAGGUAGGAGACAAUAUUUCCUUUUACAUCACAUUACUCUAAUGACUUAAAGAAUUUGAGCAUCUCUUCAUAUGCAUUUUAGGUCUUUGGCUUUCCCUUUCUGUGAAUUUUCUCUACAUGCCUUAACCUACUUUUUAUUGUAUUCUUAUCUUUUCUUAUUGAUUUUCUGGAGUUUCUUGAAUAUUUUAGAUACUAGCCCUUUGCUGGUUUUAGUCAAUACGGAUAUCUUCUCCCAGUUUGUUAUCCAUAUGUUAAUUUUUCCAUUUCUACUUAUUUCUACCUACCUUAUGACUUAGUUUUUAGGGAUGUUGUUUAAUAAGCCUUUAGCCACUGCCAGGUCACAAAGGCAUUUUUCAAAGUUAUCUUUUAUGAAUAUCAUAAGCUUAAACUUUCACAUUUAGUCUUUACUGUAGUUGGUAUAAGCCUUUACAUGUGGUGUUAUGUAGAUAUUCAGAUUUGUUUCAUUUCGUUUUGUUCUCUAUAUAGUGAGCUCUUUUAUAUAGCAUCAUGUAGUGAAUAGUCUGUCUUUUCCCAUUCAUUUGUAAUACUACAUCCAAGCUCUCUCUUAAGUUCCUUUGAUCUAUUUUUCAGUGAUUAACCAGUAUUAUAUUGUUUUUCUUACUAUGAUUUCAUGGUAAGAUUUAGAAUCUGCUAAGGCAAGCACUCCCACCAUUGCCUUCUAGAAGUUGACUAAACAAUUUAGGGACCUUUAUUUUCCAUGCAAAUUCUGGGCUUAUUUAUAAAGUAUCUCCAAAAAAAUGCCCAAAUGAGAUUACAUUGACUUUAUAGAUUAUUUAGGGGAAAAUGAAUGCCCCAUCCAAGAGCUUGCAGUGUUUCCCCAUUUAUUUAGAUUGUAUGUCCUUUUAAAAAUCUCUUCAUAGAGGUUUUGAUUAUCCUUUGUCAGAUUAAUUUCUAGAGAUUUUGUAGUUUUGUUGCUAUUUUGAAUUAUAUCCAAUGCUCUGUUAGAUUUUCUGGUUUGUAUUUGUUGUUGUGGAGGAAUGCUAUUGAUUUUUGUAAGUUGGUCUUGGGUCUGGUAACCAUGAUGAACUUAUUUAUUGGUUUAGAUCACUUGAUUUUGUUGGUUUUCUAUAUAGUUGAUCUUAUCAUCUGCAAAUAAUGGCUCCUUUUCAAUUUCUGUCCUUUUUUUUCCUUUUUAUUUCUGUAUAUUAUUAGACAAAAUCCCCAGGACUGUGUGAACAGAACCAGGUAUAGGGAGCAUCCUUGUUUUGUCCUAACUCUUAAGGGAAUAUGGAAAAAGUUUCUUCAUUAAGUAUGAUGGUAGCUGUAGAUUUUUGUUGCUUAAUCUUUUUUUUAAAUGCAAUUUUAUUGAGACAUAUAUUCACAUAACAUACAAUCCUCCAGAGUAUACAAUCAGUUGUUCAUAGUAUCAUCAUAUUGUUGCUUAAUCUUUACCAAGUUAGGGAGUUCCCUUUCUAUUCCUAGUUUGCUAAAGUUUUUAUCAUAAAUAGGCAAAAUUUUAUAACAUACUUUUUCUGCAUCAGUGGAGUUAAUUAUAUGAUUCUUCUUUUGCCUCUUAGUGUAGAGAAUUACUUUGAUUCUCUGAUGUUGAGCCACUUUUUCAGAUAUCAUUUCAGGCAUAAACCCUACUUGAUUAUGAAUUUUUUAAAAAUUCAUUGUUGGAUUUAAUUAACUUUUAAUUAAAAUACCCUUAAUAUUUUGUUUAGGAUAUUUCUGUUACAUUCAUAAAUAAAAUUGGAUUUUUUUAAAAAUCCUUAAUGCCCUUAAGUAGAUUGGGAAUCCAUGGUUCAAGAUAGAAAAGAACUUUCUUCUUGAAAGUUUGUUAAACUUCAACUGUGAAAGCAUCUGAGCCUUUGACUUUGGGGGGGAGAUAAGGGUCAAUGACUAUUUCAAUUUACUCAAUGCUUAUUGGUAUGUUCAAAUUUUCUAUCUAUUCUUAUGCCAAUGUUGGCAUUUCAUAUUUUUCCAGAAAUAUAUCCAUUGCAUCUAGAUUUUUUAAUUUAUUUGUAUAAAUUCUUCCUAAUCUAUAUCAUUUUAAAUCUCUAUUUAGUCUGUGGUUAUUUUCCCUUUUUCACUUUGUAUUUUACUCAUUUGCAUUUUCACUCUUUUGUCCCCCUGAUUAUUCUUAGCAGAAUUUUGUCUGUUAUUUUUCCAAAAACAUAUUUUAAUUUUAGUAUUAAUAAUAAUGAUAAUUGUUCUAUGUAACAUUCAUUUUUACUUUUAUAUUGUUGCUUUCUUGUUCUUUUGGGUUUGAUCUAUUGCCCUUUUUCCAACUUCUUGAUUUGAAUCCUUAGCUUUUUGCUUUUUCAUCCUUUCUUAUUUCCUGAUAAAUGUAUUUAGAAUUAUACAUUUCUCUCCAAGCACAGCUUUGCCUCUGUCCCACAAAUUUUGACAAGCAGUAUUGUUAUAUCUUUUAUUUCUAAGAAUGUUAUGAUUUGCCUAUAUACCUUUCUAACACAGGGUUUUUGUGCUACAUAAUAUUGAGUUUGUAGACCUGAUUUAUCUAUCCUUUUGUUAUUCAUUUCUAACUUAAUUUCACUUCGGUCAGUGCAUAAUUUAUGUGAUAUUAAUUUGGGGGAAUUUCUUGAGACUUCCUUCAUGUCCUGGUUCAUUAAUUUUUAUCAUUAGUUCAUGUUUGCUCUAAAAUAAAGUGAAUUAUACUGUACUGUUAUAAUCUGGAGUAUAGAAGUUAAGAUACAUUUAAUAGUUUGAGCUUUUUAAUUUUAUUAUUCAUAUUUUCUGUAUCCCUGUUUAUCUUUUAUCUGCUUAAUAUAUAGAUUUCAGAGAGAUGUGUGUUAAAGAUUUCUAAAUUCUUUCUCCCAACAGCUCUGCCGAUUGUUACUUUAUGUAUUUUGAAGUUAUAUUCUAAGUGCUUGUACAUUGAUAGUAGAAACAUUGCUUUGCUCCCGAGCUUCUUUUUACAGUAUAUAGUCUUCCUUUUUGUCCCUUAGGAUAUUUGUCUGUCUUUAAUUCUGUCUUUAUCAGAUAUUAAUAUUACAACCCCAGAAUUCUUUGGGUGCAUAAUUGCUAACAUAUCUUUUUCCAUCUUUUUAUUAUUCUAUCCUUGGAUUCUUUUAUUUAUAAUUCAUACAGAUAAGCCAUUUCAUGUAUCAUUUUUUACAUGCUAAUUUGAGGGUCUUAUUAUUUUAAUUUCAUAAAUUUAACUCACUUUCAUUAAUUUUAUGGUAUUAUAGAUCAUUUACUGGGACUUCUUUCUAACAAUUGACACAUAUUUUCUACUUACUGUACUUUUCUGUUUCUUUAUUCUCCUUUCCAGCUUUCCAUUGGAUAGGUUAAGUUUUCUUUAGCUUAUAUAAAAGUUAUAUUCUCUUUUUUUCUUAUGGUGAUUGUUCUUAAUCUAACUUAUGGCUAUUUGCUCAUCGUUCUUUGUUACACCUCCCUAAGCCAAGUGUUUUCAAGUAAUUUACUGUUCUUCCCCUCCCUGCUUUAUUGCAGGAGUUUGUAGACACUGUCUAGAAUUCUAAACAAUAUAGAACUUUCUUUAAUUCUUUCUUUGUCAGAGAGCAAUGAGUUUUACUAAGUAGUCCUUCUAGCUUUUGCAGCAUCUUCUGGCUUUGUUUCUUUUAUUAUUUAAAUACUUCCUCCAAAGCUGUUUUCGUAAUGGGUCUUUUUGUUUCAAACUUUGAGACAUUACAUUCCUGAGAUUAUUUUUGCUUACCUACUCAUUUAAAUGAAAAUAUGGCUGGAUAUUAAACUCUAGAUUCAAAGCCUUUUUUUUUUUUCCUUGAUUACUUAACAAAUACUUUCCCAUUCUCUUCUUCUAUCCAGUGUUGCUUUUGAGAUCUCAAAUGUAUGUUUUAUGCCCUUUCCUUGCUAGGUAACUUGGUAUUUCUUUCUAGAAGGUUUUAGGAUUUUGUUUUAAUAUUUGAUGUUCUUCAACUUCACUAUAAUGUGUACAAAUAAAUAUUUUGCCUUCUCUAUCUUAAUUACAGAGAUGAUGUGGCCUUUCCAGCAAUGCUGCUUCAGGUGGCAUAUGUCUCUCUUUCAUCAAGUUUUAUUCCUCGGGUGUCUAAUUAUUUUGCAUUGUACACUCGUGUUCCCCAAGGAAAAACAGCUGCCCUGACCGAUAACUUUGGUGGGAAGGGCGAAAAUCCAGGCUUUUAUUUGUAUUACUCCCAGGAGAGUAAAGAGAGAAGGAGGAUGAGUCCCAGGGUGAAGAACCCUGAAUAUCUUAGAGCAUCUUUCAACCAGGUAGCUCCUGUGGUCAAGGAGCCGUCUUGACGUUUUAGCACCUGUUUCCACAGCAGGGAGAUGCAGAGGCAGAACUGGAGCCUCUUCCCCAACGUGACCUCCCACAAAUUCUGCCCCCCAACAAAUACACCCUCUUUCUCCUACGAGGUUCUGAAUUUUUCAUAUUGGAACCUUAGAUCCAUACUUCCCUCAACCUUCUGCAGUGUUUCUAGGGUUGAGAAUAUCAAGAAACCAGCUGCCAACUUGUCUGCCUUCUGGUUUCCCACCCCACUGAGUUUCUGAAGUUCAGUGAUUACAGUUUCAGUUUGAGAAUUCUAUCUAGUUCUUCACAUCUGCCUGGUCAUUUUUAAUAGUCAGUUGUUCCUUUGUUAUACAUUGAAUAUCCUCUUUUAUUUCUUUAAAUACAUUAAACAUACAUAUUUAUAUUCCGUAUCUGGUAUUUCCAAAUCAUCAGUCUUUUACCAGUCUGAUUCUGCUGUUUGUUUGUAUCUUUUGACUUUUCCUCAAAAUGAUUUCUUUCCCUAUGACUUUAUUUU